AUGGGCAACGCCAAGAGCGGGGCUCUGUCGCGGGAGGUGCUGGAGGACCUGAAGGCCUCCACGCGGUACUCGGAGGACGAGCUGUGCCGCUGGUACGAGAGCUUCCAGAAGCAGUGCCCCGACGGCCGCAUCUCCCGCGCCGAGUUCGAGAAGAUCUACGGCAACUUCUUCCCCAACUCCGACCCCCAGGGCUACGCCCGCCACGUCUUCCGCAGCUUCGACACCAACGACGACGGGACCCUCGACUUCCGGGAGUACAUCAUCGCCCUGCACCUCACCUCGUCGGGCAAGACCCACCUCAAGCUCGAGUGGGCCUUCUCGCUCUUCGACGUGGACAGGAACGGCGAGAUCAGCAAGGGGGAGGUGCUGGAGAUCAUCCAGGCGAUUUUCAAGAUGAUCCCCCCAGAGGAGCAGAAAACCCUCCCAGACGACGAGAACACCCCCCAGAAACGGGCGGACAAGCUCUGGGCCUACUUCAAGAAGGGGGAAAACG